UAGCCUAAGAAAAGUGAAUAAUAUUUAUUGUCAGCCAAGGCGAUUAAGCAUCCAAAAUGUAUAUCGUUUGCAAAUUUGAUCCGUUCUACGUGGGACCCUGUCCGCCUGGUUGUCUUGUGCCAGCUGGCGGCUGCGGCGGCUGUCGUCCUUGUGGGGGCUGCUGUGGUCCAUCCUGUGGACCUUGCGGAUCCGGUUGCUGUGGUCCCUGUGGAAACAUGGGUAGCCCCUGCUGCACUAGCUCCCCAUGCGGUUGGUAAACUGGUGGUUGACUGUAAGGAGGCUGAGGAUAUAUAUAUAUUGUUAUUGCCAACUCUCUUUCUCUCUCUCUGAACA